CGCGCCCAUAAAUACUUAGUAAUCCAUUCAUUAUAAUGAAACGUAACUUUGAAAAAUAAAUAGUUUUGAUAACUUAAAUGUAUUAUAAGUUUUCAUAAAAACUUUUUGGUACGUCUGCCUUAAGACCGUUGGCAACAAACGUUUGGAUGUUAAAAAUAUACAAAAAAAUAAUAAUAAUCAGAGCGUACUAAAAGAAACAAAAAAAAAAAGGUGAGAAACUCAUAAACUUUUACGAACCUAUACUGGAAAAUAUUACAAUUCAAUACAUCAAAACUUAUAUCUAAGUAAUUUAUCCCAAUUGUGUUUGUUAGGGUUUGUAAACUGCGCAUGUCCUGAACACUGUUGCUGUCAGUUCAACGUGAACCUUCACUGGAACAAUACUUCGGUGGAUACGGGAAAGUAGCCAAAUAUCUUCUUAUUAUCGUGUGCUUUAAAAUAAUAUAAAUUAAACCGUAUCAGUAUUUAACGAAAAGUGGCCAAAGAAGUUAUUAUAGUUUAAAUCGUUGACUUUUCUUCUCAUUUUCAUUGAAGUGUUUUGACUUUUGUAUUCGCGGUUUGUUUAUUAGAGUAUAAUAUUUUUUUUAUCAUAAUGUGGUGGAUCUUGCGUCGGGCGCGAAUUACUGGCGCUUCCUUUUUCAGUCAGGGUUCAGGAACAGCCAACAACAACAGCGUCAAAACAGAAACACGUCCACAACGCAAAGAUUACAAUCAGCUGUCAUCAAAUGAGAAGCUUGACAACAGACAAAUAGAGGAUAUUCACAUUGAAGAGGCGGACGUGGAUUCAGACGCCAGCAGCACAGACUUGGACGAGCGAGACACACGCGGCGUCUGCCCUCCCUGUGCGCAUGAUCGAUAUAACAACAACAUCCGACGGCACACCCAUGAAGAAUACAGCGAUGACACUGAUUAUGACGAAGCCCUGACCUGCAACGUGUGCGACCGAUCCUUCUCGACACGACGAGCGCUGGGCGAUCACCAACAGAAGAAACGACAUUUCGGUUGCAGCGCGUGCGACAGCCUGUUCCCGUCGCUGAUGGCGCUGGAGCACCACAAGGAGGAGUUCUCCCACUGGAGCGACUCGUGCUACUCCAGCUCCGACUCCGAGCCGGACGACUGCCACGAGGACCGCCACCGGCUGCUAUAAUACCACCUCAUUAUUGCCGGGAACAGACCACGCCACUUGGGCACCUUCGUCUAGGCGCGUGAUCACGUGGAUUCCUUCAUAUCCCUCACUUCUACAUUGUAAUUGCUUUAUAGUCUCGGCGACGCUCAGGGCGCUCUGUCAUGUGUUUUGUUACAGAGACGGUAUUUCGAGUUAGUUACUAAACGGAUGCCAAAAUGCCAAAACCGUUUAUUCGUAGUUUAAGUGGUAGCUGUAAGUAGGAUAUGUAAAUAUAUUGACUUAGCUCUGGGAGUUGACAUCUUUUGUAUGGUGUCGAGACUAAGUACUGUGUUUAUCUUAUAUGAAUGUUCUAUCAUUCGCUCACGAGGACAGUAUUAAAGACAUAUCUGCCA